AUGCAGUCUGAUUGUGAUACGGCAACAGAGAGGGAUGAUUAUGUCAAGAAUCUUAUGGAAUUCAUACCCGUGGACUCGUACGGCGUUUGUCUCCGCAACAAAGAAUUGCCUUUUGGAGGAGUCUAUAAGUAUAGUGAAUCUGAUGGCGCUAACAGAAAUUAUUUAAACAAUCUAUUCGAUGACCAAUUACUGAGUUUCAUGGCCAAGUACAAAUUCAUAGUCUCAAUUGAGAACGGAAUCUGCAACGAUUACGUCACAGAGAAGCUCUGGAGGCCUUUAGAAAUAGGCGUAGUGCCUAUCUACUACGGCUCGCCGCUGAUCAGGGACUGGCUGCCGAACAACAAGUCGGCCAUACUGCUGGAGGACUUCCCCACGCCGGAGCUGCUCAGCCAACACUUGCACUACCUCCUGAACAACGACACGGCCUACGAAGAAUACCUCGAGCAUAAAACUUUAGGCCUCAUUGCAAAUCAAAGGUUGAUCCAUGAGGCUACUGAAGGACCUAAUCAGUCAGAUUUUAACGAAAUGAUGCAAGAGUUCCAGUGUUUUGUAUGUGGAAGGCUCUAUGGAAGAAAUAAUAGCGAGGUUCAGACGGUGACAAGGGACCAUUAUGAUUGUCCUUUGCCGUAUUCAGCUCUGACACAAUCUGUGAAUCCAGACAACAAAUGGGUGAAGAUUAUUGCAGAUGCUGAAGAGAGCGCUAAUCGAAUGUACGAGGAAGUACUCAAUAGCACAUUACAACUACGAGUGGCCUAA